GGAGCUGUGUGGACAUGACACAUGGGAAUUUCUGACAUAUCUUUUCCCACUCUGACCUUGACAGACACAAUAAAAAGGGGCUUUGCAGCAUGCACAGAGCCACUCAGUCCUAGCACCAAGCGCUGAGGUGUCUUUCACUCUUCCUUUGCUGCUGCCAAGUCUCCCUCAGACGGACAAGAUGUCUCUGCUGGACAUGAGCGAGUUUGGGGAGGCUGCUCCGUACCUCCGGAAAAGCUACACGGAGCAGCUGAAGCUUCAGACCAUCCCAUUCGAUGGAAAGAAGCGAGCUUGGAUCCCAGAUGAGAAAGAAGCCUAUAUCGAAGUGGAAAUAAAAGAAAGCUCUGGUGGCAAAGUCACUGUGGAAACCAAAGAUAAGGAAACACGGGUGGUGAAGGAGGACGAGGUGCAGCCCAUGAACCCCCCCAAGUUUGACAUGAUUGAGGACAUGGCCAUGCUGACACACCUCAACGAGGCCUCUGUGCUCUACAAUCUGAAGCGCCGCUACUCCCACUGGAUGAUCUACACCUACUCGGGGCUCUUCUGUGUCACCAUCAACCCCUACAAGUGGCUGCCGGUGUACACGGCGCCCGUGGUGGCAGCCUACAAGGGCAAGCGGCGCUCGGAGGCACCUCCGCACAUCUACUCCAUCGCCGACAACGCCUACAACGACAUGCUCCGCAACCGUGAAAACCAGUCCAUGCUCAUCACCGGAGAAUCUGGUGCUGGUAAGACUGUAAACACCAAGCGGGUCAUUCAGUACUUUGCCAUUGUCGCAGCCUUGGGCGACACACCGGGCAAGAAAUUAGCAGCUCUUGCCACUAAAACUGGGGGCACCCUCGAGGAUCAAAUCAUCGAGGCUAACCCAGCCAUGGAGGCUUUUGGCAAUGCCAAAACCAUAAGAAACGACAACUCCUCGCGUUUUGGCAAGUUCAUCCGGAUCCACUUUGGCCCCUCAGGGAAAUUGGCCUCUGCAGACAUUGACAUCUAUCUUCUGGAAAAGUCCAGAGUGAUUUUUCAGCAACCUAAAGAGCGGAGCUACCACAUCUUCUACCAGAUCCUGUCUGGGAAGAAACCAGAGCUGCAAGAUAUGCUGCUGCUGUCCCUCAACCCCUACGACUACCACUUCUGCUCCCAGGGGGUGACAACGGUGGACAACCUGGAUGACGGCGAGGAGCUGAUGGCCACAGAUCACGCCAUGGACAUCCUGGGCUUCAGCAGCGAUGAGAAAUACGGCUCCUAUAAAAUAGUGGGGGCCAUCAUGCACUUUGGGAACAUGAAAUUCAAGCAGAAGCAGCGGGAAGAGCAGGCAGAGGCUGAUGGCACUGAAAGUGCUGACAAAGCUGCCUAUCUCAUGGGAAUCAGCUCAGCUGACCUCAUCAAGGGGCUGCUCCAUCCUCGUGUGAAAGUGGGCAAUGAGUACGUGACCAAAGGUCAGAACGUGGAGCAGGUGCUCUACGCCGUGGGGGCCCUGGCUAAAGCCACAUACGACCGCAUGUUCAAGUGGCUGGUGGCCCGCAUCAACAAGACCCUGGACACCAAGCUGGCCAGGCAGUUCUUCAUCGGGGUGCUGGACAUUGCAGGCUUUGAGAUCUUUGAUUUCAACAGCUUCGAGCAGCUGUGCAUCAACUUCACCAACGAGAAACUGCAACAGUUCUUCAACCACCACAUGUUUGUCCUGGAGCAGGAGGAAUACAAGAAGGAAGGCAUCGAAUGGGUCUUCAUUGACUUUGGCCUGGACCUGCAGGCCUGCAUUGACCUGAUUGAAAAGCCCAUGGGAAUCCUGUCCAUCCUGGAAGAGGAGUGCAUGUUCCCCAAGGCCUCUGACAUGACCUUCAAGUCCAAGCUCUACGACAACCACAUCGGGAAGUCGCCCAACUUCCAGAAGCCGCGGCCGGACAAGAAGCGCAAGUACGAGGCGCACUUCGAGGUGGUGCACUACGCUGGUGUGGUGCCGUACAACAUCGUGGGGUGGCUGGACAAGAACAAGGACCCCCUGAACGAGACAGUGGUGUCAGUCUUCCAGAAAUCCCAGAACAAGCUCCUGGCCUCCCUCUAUGAGAACUAUGUGGGCUCUGCUUCAGAGGAACCUCACAAGCCAGGGACCAAGGAGAAACGUAAGAAGGCAGCUUCUUUCCAAACAGUGUCACAGCUGCACAAGGAGAAUCUCAACAAGCUGAUGACCAACCUGCGCUCCACCCAGCCCCACUUCGUCCGCUGCAUCAUCCCCAACGAGACAAAGACCCCAGGAGCCAUGGAUUCCUUCCUGGUGCUGCACCAGCUGCGCUGUAACGGGGUCCUGGAAGGGAUCCGCAUCUGCCGCAAGGGCUUCCCCAACAGGAUCCUCUACGCAGACUUCAAGCAGCGCUACCGUAUCCUCAAUCCAGCAGCCAUUCCCGAAGACAAGUUUGUGGACAGCAGGAAGGCCACAGAGAAGCUGCUGAGUUCCCUGGAACUGGACCGUGCACAGUACAAGUUUGGUCACACCAAGGUGUUUUUCAAGGCUGGUUUGCUGGGCUUGCUGGAGGAGAUGCGAGAUGAACGUCUGGCCAAGGUCCUGACAAUGCUCCAGGCCAGGAUCCGUGGGUACCUCAUGCGUGUGGAGUAUCAGAAGAUCAUCAGCAGGAGGGAAGCCCUCUACACCAUCCAGUGGAACAUCCGCGCCUUCAACGCUGUCAAGAACUGGUCCUGGAUGAAGCUGUUCUUCAAGAUCAAGCCUUUACUCAAGUCUGCUCAGACUGAGAAGGAAAUGUCCAACCUGAAGGAGGAAUUCCAGAAGCUGAAGGAGGCUCUGGAGAAGUCUGAGGCUAAGAGGAAGGAGCUGGAAGAGAAACAAGUCUCCAUGAUCCAGGAGAAGAAUGACCUGGCUCUCCAGCUGCAGGCAGAGCAGGACAACCUGGCAGAUGCAGAGGAACGCUGCGACCUGCUCAUCAAGUCCAAGAUCCAGCUGGAGGCCAAGGUGAAGGAGCUGAUGGAGCGCGUGGAGGAUGAGGAGGAGAUGAGCUCGGAGCUCACUGCCAAGAAACGCAAGCUGGAGGAUGAGUGUGCAGAGCUGAAGAAGGACAUUGAUGACCUGGAGAUCACGCUGGCCAAGGUGGAGAAGGAGAAACACGCCACGGAGAACAAGGUUAAAAACCUGAUUGAGGAGAUGGCUGGUCUGGAUGAGAUCAUUGCCAAGCUGACGAAGGAGAAGAAAGCCCUGCAAGAGGCCCACCAGCAGGCCCUGGAUGACCUGCAAGCUGAGGAAGACAAGGUCAACACGCUGACCAAAGCCAAGGUCAAACUGGAGCAGCAAGUGGAUGAUCUGGAAAGCUCUCUUGAGCAAGAAAAGAAGGUCCGCAUGGACCUGGAGAGAGCAAAGAGGAAGCUUGAAGGAGACCUGAAGCUGUCACAAGAGUCUGUAAUGGAUCUGGAGAAUGACAAACAGCAGCUGGAUGAGAAGCUCAAGAAGAAAGACUUUGAGAUGAGUCAGCUGAACUCAAGGAUUGAAGAUGGGCAAGUGAUGGAAGCUCAGCUGCAGAAGAAGAUCAAGGAGGUCCAGGCACGCGUGGAGGAGCUGGAGGAGGAGCUGGAGGCCGAGCGAGCCGCCAGGGCCAAGGUGGAGAAGCAGCGGGCCGAGGUGUCGCGGGAGCUGGAGGAGCUGAGCGAGCGGCUGGAGGAGGCGGGCGGCAGCACGGCCACGCAGCUGGAACUCAACAAGAAGAGGGAGGCGGAGUUCCUGAAGCUGCGGCGGGACCUGGAGGAGGCCACGCUGCAGCACGAGGCCACGGCGGCCGCCCUGCGCAAGAAGCACGCGGACAGCGUGGCCGAGCUGGGCGAGCGCAUCGACAGCCUGCAGCGCGUCAAGCAGAAGCUGGAGAAGGAGAAGAGUGAGAUGAAGAUGGAGAUUGAUGACCUCUCCUCCAAUGUUGAGUACAUCACCAAGAACAAGGCCAACGCUGAGAAGCUGUGCCGCACCUACGAGGACCAGCUGAACGAGGCCAAGGCCAAAGUGGACGAGCUGCAGCGACAGCUGACGGACGUGAACGCCCAGCGGGGCCGGCUGCAGACCGAGAACGGGGAGCUUACCCGGCUGCUGGAGGAGAAGGAGUCCUUCAUCAACCAGCUGAGCCGUGGCAAGGUCUCGUUCACACAGAGCAUUGAGGAGCUCAAGAGACAGCUGGAGGAAGAGACCAAGAGCAAGAAUGCCCUGGCCCAUGCCCUGCAAGCCUCCCGGCACGACUGUGACCUGCUGCGGGAGCAGUACGAGGAGGAGGUGGAGGCCAAGAGCGAGCUCCAGAGGAACUUGUCCAAAGGCAAUGCCGAGGUGGCCCAGUGGAGAACCAAGUACGAGACUGAUGCCAUCCAGAGGACUGAGGAGCUGGAGGAAGCCAAGAAGAAGUUGGCCACCCGGCUGCAGGAGGCAGAGGAGGCCGUGGAGGCCGCCCACGCCAAGUGCUCCUCGCUGGAGAAGACCAAGCACCGUCUGCAGACCGAGAUCGAGGACCUCUCGGUGGACCUGGAGCGCGCCAACUCGGCCUGCGCCGCCCUGGACAAGAAGCAGCGCAACUUCGACAGGAUCCUGGCCGAGUGGAAGCAGAAGUACGAGGAGACCCAGGUGGAGCUGGAGGCGUCGCAGAAGGAGUCGCGCAGCCUGAGCACGGAGCUCUUCAAGCUCAAGAACGCCUACGAGGAGUCCCUGGACAACCUGGAGACCCUUAAGAGGGAGAACAAGAACCUGCAGGAGGAAAUUGCUGAUUUGACUGACCAGAUCAGUCUGGGCGGCAAAACCAUCCAUGAGCUGGAGAAGGUGAAGAAAGUGCUGGAGAGUGAGAAGAGUGAUAUCCAGGCAGCUCUGGAGGAGGCUGAGGGAGCCCUGGAGCACGAGGAGAGCAAGACCCUGCGCAUCCAGCUGGAGCUGAACCAGAUCAAGGCUGAGAUGGACAGGAAGCUGGCUGAGAAGGACGAGGAGUUUGAGACCCUGAGGCGCAACCACCAGCGCGCCGUGGACUCCAUGCAGGCCUCGCUCGACGCGGAGGCCCGGGCCAAGAACGAGGCCGUGCGGCUGAGGAAGAAGAUGGAGGGGGACCUGAACGAGAUGGAGAUCCAGCUGAACCACGCCAAUCGCCAGGCUGCCGAGUUCCAGAAGCUGGGCCGCCAGCUCCAGGCCCAGAUCAAGGACCUGCAGAUCGAGCUGGAUGACACCCAGCGCCACAACGACGACCUGAAGGAGCAGGCGGGUGCCCUGGAGCGCCGCAACAACCUGCUGCUGGCAGAGGUGGAGGAGCUGCGGGCGGCGCUGGAGCAGGCCGAGAGGAGCAGGAAGCUGGCAGAGCAGGAGCUGCUGGAGACCACCGAGAGGGUCACCCUGCUGCACUCCCAGAACAUGGGUCUGAUCAACCAGAAGAAGAAGCUGGAGGCAGAUGUGUCCCAGCUGAGCAGCGAGGUGGAGGAUGCGGUGCAGGAGUGUCGCAACGCCGAGGAGAAGGCAAAGAAGGCCAUCACAGAUGCUGCCAUGAUGGCAGAGGAGCUGAAGAAGGAGCAGGACACGAGCGCACACCUGGAGCGCAUGAAGAAGAACAUGGAGCAGACCAUCAAGGACCUGCAGAUGCGCCUGGACGAGGCAGAGCAGAUUGCUCUCAAGGGGGGCAAGAAGCAGAUCCAGAAGCUGGAGGCCAGGGUGCGGGAGCUGGAGGGAGAGCUGGAUGUGGAGCAGAAGAAGAUGGCAGAAGCCCAGAAGGGCAUUCGCAAGUACGAGCGCAGGAUCAAGGAGCUGAGCUACCAGGCUGAGGAAGACCGGAAGAACCUGGCUCGGAUGCAGGACCUGAUUGACAAGCUGCAGAGCAAGGUCAAGAGCUACAAGCGCCAGUUUGAGGAGGCAGAGCAGCAGGCCAACUCCAACCUGGUGAAGUACCGCAAGGUGCAGCACGAGCUGGACGACGCCGAGGAACGCGCCGACAUCGCCGAGACCCAGGUCAACAAACUGCGCGCCCGCACCAGGGACGCGGUCAUCUCCAAGCAUUAGGAGCCUGCCCUGCCCUGUCCCAGCUGCUGCUGUAGGUUGGAGGCAAGCAGCUGCAACAGUCGCUGUCAGCUUUGCACUGCAUGAAUAAACGUAGAUCUGCCAGGA